AUGGCGCAGCGCUCGGGCAAGAUCACGCUCUAUGAGGGCAAGCACUUCACAGGGCGGAAGCUGGAGGUCUUUGGGGACUGUGACAACUUCCAAGACCGAGGUUUCAUGAACCGAGUGAACUCUAUACGUGUGGAGAGUGGAGCCUGGGUCUGCUUUGAUCACCCUGACUUCCGGGGCCAGCAGUUCAUCCUGGAGCACGGUGACUACCCUGAUUUCUUCCGCUGGAAUGGCCACAAUGACCACAUGGGCUCCUGUCGGCCUGUAGGAAUGCACGGGGAACAUUUCCGCCUAGAAAUCUUCGAGGGCUGCAACUUCACGGGCCAGUGCCUGGAGCUGGUGGAGGACUGCCCCUUCCUUCAGAGUCGGGGCUGGGCCAAGAGCUGCGUCAACGCCAUCAAGGUGUACGGGGAUGGAGCGUGGGUCCUGUACGAGGAGCCCAACUACCGCGGCCGCAUGUACGUGGUGGAGCGGGGCGACUUCCGCAGCUUCUCCGACUGGGAGGCCCACUGCGCCCGCGUGCAGUCGCUCCGCAGGGUGGCCAACUUCUUCUAG